UUCAAGCAUGGGGAAAGGUUUCUACAUCAGUAAAACUGUCGGGAUAGUGGGGAUUGUGCUAGCUGCUGGAGCGGUAGCCACAAUCAUAGCCCUCUCGGUGGUCUACUCCCAAGAGAAGGCCAAGAACAAUGAGAAUGAGGUUCAAGUGUCCACCCCAAGAACAACAGCAGCAACAGGUUUGGUUCCAACAACAUCAGGAACAAUCACAGGUUUGGUUCCAACAACAUCAGGAACAAUCACAGGUUUGGAUCCAACAACAUCAGGAACAAUCACAGGUUUGGUUCCAACAACCGCUCCAUCCAAUGAGCCUUGGGAUCAGUGGCGGCUUCCUCAAACCCUGCUUCCAGAAUCUUACAAUGUCACCCUAUGGCCACGGCUCCAGCCGGACCCUAAUUUGGGUGUCUACUACUUCACAGGGAUGUCCAGCGUGGUUUUCAAAUGUGUGCAAGAGACAGACCUCAUCCUCAUUCACUCCAAUAAGCUGAGAAUGACAAAAAAUGCCACCUUGAGAGCUCUCGAAAGCAUAACAGCUCCUUCCAUUGACUCAAUCUGGAUGCAGACGAAAACGCAGUAUAUGGUGAUUCAUCUGAAAGCUAACUUAACUGUUGGGGAAAGCUAUGAGCUUUACACCGAGUUCUCAGGAGAGCUUGCAGAUGAUUUGGGUGGCUUUUACCGAAGUGAAUAUGAAGAGAAUGGAGUUAAGAAAAUUGUCGCCACAACCCAGAUGCAGCCAACAGAUGCCAGGAAAGCUUUCCCCUGCUUUGAUGAACCAGCAAUGAAAGCUGUAUUCCACAUCACUAUUCUACACGAUUGGGGAACAACAGCCCUCUCCAAUGGCAUUGACACUGAAACCACCAACAUUACAGUGGAUGGCGUUAAUGUAACCAGAACCACAUUUGCGGCCACAGAAAAAAUGUCAACAUAUUUGUUGGCAUUUAUUGUCAGCGAUUUCAUAAGCAUUGAAAAAGGUGAUACAAAUCCUCAGGUUCGAAUUUUUGCCCGUCAAGAAGUGAUAAAUGCAGGCCAAGGACAAUAUGCACUUGACGUGACUGGACCAAUUCUCAAAUUCUUUGAGAUAUAUUUUAAUGCCCCCUAUCCACUGCCAAAAUCAGAUCAAAUCGCACUGCCUGACUUCAGUGCUGGGGCAAUGGAAAACUGGGGCUUAAUCACAUACAGAGAGACUGCCUUGCUGUAUGAUAAAGAAAUAUCCUCAAAUGCAAACAAAGAGAGCAUUGUUACUAUUAUUGCCCAUGAACUUGCCCACCAGUGGUUUGGAAAUCUUGUGACUAUAAGAUGGUGGAACGACUUGUGGCUCAAUGAAGGUUUUGCAUCCUACGUCGAAUAUCUUGGGGCGAAUGAAGCUGAACCAGAAUGGAACAUCACAGACUUGAUUGUUCUGAAUGAUGUGCACCGAGUUUUUGCCAUAGAUGCACUGGCCUCCUCUCACCCUUUGUCCUCUAAAGAAGAGGACAUCCAAAGACCAGAGCAAAUUAAUGAAGUGUUUGAUACGAUCUCCUACAGUAAGGGGGCAUCAGUACUAAGGAUGCUUUCUGAUUUCCUCAGUGAAACAGUGUUUACUGAUGGACUCAAAACCUAUCUAGAUUAUUUCAAAUUCAACAACACAGUUUACACAGACCUUUGGGACCAUCUUCAAAUGGCUGUGGACAAGACCAGCACCAGUCUCCCCAAAUCUGUGCGUGACAUUAUGGACCGUUGGGUUCUUCAAAUGGGCUUCCCUGUGGUCACUAUCAACACUACAACUGGCCAGAUCUCACAGAAACACUUCCUCCUGGAUCCUGACUCUGUUCCAAUAAGGCCAUCAGAAUUCAAUUAUGAGUGGUUUGUACCAAUUAAAUGGAUGAAAACAGGAGCAUUGCAAGAACCAUAUUGGCUGCUACAAAAAACUGCUCAAAACGAUGGAAUGAAAACAAAUGCAAAUGAGUGGAUUCUGGCCAACAUCAAUGUGGUAGGAUACUACAGGGUAAACUAUGAUGAUGAAAACUGGGAACGCCUCCUUAAUGCUCUCCAGACUUCUAAGGAGAACAUCCUCGUUAUUAACCGAGCGCAGAUAAUUGAUGAUGCAUUUAACCUGGCCAAAGCAGGAAUUGUUCCAACAACAUUGGCUCUCAGGACCACAAAGUAUCUCCAUUCUGAAACUGAGUACAUGCCUUGGGAGGCAGCCCUCGAUAACCUGGAAUACUUUUACCUGAUGUUUGAUCGCACUGAGGUUUACAGCCCAAUGCAGGCAUAUGUUAAAAAACAGGUAGAACCCUUGUAUGCAUACUUCGAUGUUCUUACACACUGGACAGAUGUUCCAGAAGGACAUACUGAUCAGUAUAACCAAGUAAAUGCACUCAGAGUUGCCUGCAACACUGGUGUGGAAGCCUGCAACACUCUAGUCAAAACAUGGUUCAAAGAGUUGCGGGACAAUCCUGCCGUCAACCUUAUAAAGCCCAACUUGAGGUCUACAGUGUACUGCAGCGCCAUUGCUGCAGGUGGUGUUGAGGAAUGGGACUUUGCCUGGGAAAUGUUCAGAAAUGCCACCAUUGCCUCAGAGGCUGAGAAACUGAGAGCUGCACUUGCAUGUACCAACCAGUCCAUGUUACUGACCAGGUAUCUGGAAUACACUUUGAAUUCAACUCUAAUUCGGAAGCAAGAUGCCACCUCUACCAUUAUCAGCAUUGCAAGCAAUGUGGUUGGCCAACCUUUGGCUUGGGAAUUUGUUAAGGCCAACUGGGCAUACAUUUUCAAUCAAUAUGGAGGUGGAUCUUUCUCUUUCUCCAAUUUGAUCAAUGGUGUGACAAAGAGAUUUUCAACAGAAGUUGAACUUAAAGAACUGGAGCAGUUCAGGGAUGACAAUGCUGAAGUAGGUUUCGGUUCUGCCACCCUCGCCAUCGAGCAGUCCAUCGAGAGGACUAGAGCAAACAUCAAAUGGGUCAAAGACAACCAGAAAUCCGUCUUAGAAUGGUUCAGUGAAGAAUCCAAGUCCUGACUAAUGCACAUACUGUAGUUUGUUUGCUUCAAGGUGAAGAGAAAAAAUGGCACUCAUUGGUUUGCUAGGUCUAAAUGGUUAGAACAGGAAAGGAAUGGCUAUUUAUUCUUGCAAUCUGUAUGUUUUAGAUUGUAAUAUUUUCCAGAUGUACUUUCGUCCUAUUACGUUGUAUACUGUAUGAAGACUUUCCUUAAAGAGUGCUUUGUUUUAUGAUUGUCAAAAUUUCCCAGUUGAUUAUUUUUGUAAAAUGUAUCAUUUUGGUAUUUUGUCCAAUGAAAAUAAACCAAUGAA